UGCAAAGCAGCCACGUGAGAAACAGAAGGUGUGAGGAGGCGGAGCUCAGUGAACGCACCCUGAGCGGCCCCCCUCCGCCCACUCUGACAAGCCUGGACCCCGCCACUGCCCCCGGGAGCGGGGCCCCUGAAGCGCAGAGCAGAAGGUGACGCUGCGGGAACCAGGCUCCCCCCUGGCCGGGGGCACGGCUGGGCCCGUAGCGACUGUGGAGAAGGGGCAGGUCCCCCCCAGGCACAGCCCGCUUGUCUGAUGCCGCAUUGGAGGAGGAAGGCGCCAUUAUGGAGUGCUGUCAUGGAGGCCACCCUGUGUGUCCACACGUGCCUUUGGCUGACUGCAGCCUGGACUCCCUUGCUAGGGCCAAAUGGACUCGCACAGGGUUCAGAACUCGAUCCUGGGGCUAAAACCCAGGAGAUGGCGCAAGGCUCUGGAGAGUUAACCUGGGCCGUGCACUUGCAUGUGCCGGAGGGGCUGGCCUCCCAAGAAGAGGAGCUGGAGCAACAGGCAGACGAACUGGCCAGGACGGGAGGCCUGGUGAACCUGGGCCGGAUCGGGGAGUUAAAGGGCCGAUACCUCUUCACCCACCGUCCGAAUGACCAGACAGAACGGGGACCUGAGGCAAUAAGGAGACGGGUGGAGGCUUUACUCGCACAGCAUGGCCGCGUGCGGUGGCACUCUGAGCAGAAGCUUCUGAAGCGCUCCAAACGCAGCCUGCACUUUAAUGACCCCGAGUUCCCCCAUCAGUGGCAUCUGAACAAUCGGAGGACCCCGGGAAAGGAUAUCAACGUGACGGGCGUGUGGGAGCGGAACGUGACAGGCCGCGGCGUGACCGUCGUGGUCGUGGAUGAUGGCGUGGAGCACACCAUCCAAGAUAUACAGCCAAAUUACAGCCCUGAAGGCAGCUAUGAUUUGAACUCCAAUGACCCCGACCCUAUGCCCCGCCCUGACGCAGAAAACGGGAACCACCAUGGGACCCGGUGCGCUGGUGAAAUCGCAGCUGUCCCAAACAACGGCAUCUGUGCCGUGGGAGUUGCCUACGGCAGCCGCAUUGCAGGCAUCCGCGUCCUGGAUGGGCCCCUCACAGAUAGCAUGGAGGCUAUCGCUUUCAACAAGCACUAUCAGAUCAAUGACAUCUACAGCUGCAGCUGGGGUCCGGAUGAUGAUGGCAAAACUGUGGAUGGCCCUCACCAGCUAGGAAAGGCUGCCUUGCAACAUGGGGUGAUUGCUGGUCGCAGGGGCUUUGGAAGCAUUUUUGUCGUGGCCAGCGGCAAUGGAGGGCAGCACAAUGACAAUUGCAACUACGAUGGUUACGCCAACUCCAUCUACACCGUCACUAUAGGUGCGGUGGAUGACGAGGGGAACAGGCCGUUCUAUGCUGAGGAGUGUGCUUCCAUGCUGGCAGUGACCUUCAGCGGCGGGGAUAAGUUGAGGAGGAGCAUUGUGACUACAGACUGGAAUAUGGAGAAAGGCACAGGAUGCACCGAGGGUCACACAGGGACUUCAGCUGCUGCCCCCCUGGCAGCCGGCAUGAUUGCCUUGAUGCUCCAAGUGCGACCGUGUCUCACCUGGCGAGAUGUCCAGCACAUCAUUGUCUUCACAGCCACCAAGUACGAAGAUCGUCGCACCAACUGGGACACUAACCUGGCGGGCUUCAGCCACAGCCACGAGCACGGCUUCGGCUUGCUAAGCGCUUGGAGACUUGUCAACGCUGCCAAGAUCUGGGAAUCUGUCCCAUACUUAGCGUCGUACAUCAGCCCUGUUCUAAAGGAGGGCAGGACCGUCCCCCAGGUCCCUCAGGCAUUGGAAGUCACCUGGAAUGUCACAGCAGCCGACCUCACCUUGUCUGGCAUGAAGACCUUGGAGCACGUGGCAGUGACCGUCACCAUAACCCACCCUCGCCGUGGCAACCUGGAAAUCAAACUCCUCUGCCCCAGUGGCAUGGUGUCCAAGAUUGGGACCACCAGGAGCCUGGACUCAGAUCCCAAUGGCUUUGCUGACUGGACCUUCUCCACGGUGCGGUGCUGGGGGGAGGAAGCUCAGGGCAUGUACAGACUCAUCAUCAGGGAUGUCGGGGAUGAGACACUGAAGACAGGGACAUUGAAGCAGUGGCAGCUGACGCUUUACGGCUCUUCGUGGACUACGGCGGAGAUGAGGGAACGGCAAAGGCUGGUGGAGGACGCCAUGAGUGGCCAGUACUUGAGCCGUGGGGAGUCCCUGCCAUGCCCUCCAGGGCUGGAGAUCACCGAGGAGGAGCCGUACACCAUCACAGCUAACACCCUCAAGAUGCUCAUGUUGCUGGGAUGCUUUGCUGUCUUCUGGACUGUCUACUACAUGCUGGAGGUUUCCCUGUCCAGAAACAACGUGGUCUUCAAUCUGACGUGCAGCAGCUUCCCUGCCUGCCAAUGGUACCCCAGGGCUGGGCGGCAGAAGCACGUGGAGAAUGGGAUGGAUAUGGAGUCCAUCCCACUCAAUGCAGGGAAGGACAUGGAGGAUGUGGAGAUGGAGUUGGAGCAUCCACUGCCCAGCUCAGAGGCCCCAGAGAACUUAGGGGAAGAGAGAAGCUGGAGUCCCCAAGAUCCCAAACCGCACAGCAAUGGCCGAACCGCAGGCUUUCACGAAGCAAUCCAUUCAGGCUCAGCGUAUCUUGGCCGGGACCUGGCCUCCGAACUCCUCUCAGCAGACAGGGAGCAGCAGAUGUGCUAGCAGGAGCCGAGAGCUUGGGAUGCUGGGUGAUGUUGGGUCCUGUCCUUCCCUGGGUGCAGGGUGUGGGAGACUUUCCAACCCCCCCACAGAGCCGCUGCUGACUUGGGGAUUGUUGGCGUUGGAUGUGGCUCGGAUGACACAGGCCCACGGCUGAGAGGAUGGACAAGCGUCUUGCUCUCGACAUUCCCCAUCGCAAAGGCCCGUUUCCCUGCCUUUUAUAAACAAAACAAGCCUUAACUCAUUUUAUAAUGGAGUCUGUCCAGUGGCAAAACUCGGGCUUCCCUCCUUCCUCAGCCCUAGGCCCUGCGCUCCUGCUCCCUGCCCGUGAGCACCCAGCAUCCGCUGAACUGAGCUUCCUUUCAUCUCCCAGGGUGCCCCCCGCAGGGCCUGCCUGCUGCAUGGUGCACUCAGCGAGUCCGAGCGCUCUCCUGGGGCUGGCUUUGGAGUGGCACUUUCAGGUGUGGAGAGGGAAGCCAGAAGGUUUCCAUGAGGGCAGCCCCCAGACCCUAUGGCUGGUGCCCUCCCCGACAUGCGUUCUGCAGGCAGGGCACAGCCCUGGGGGAAAGGCAGAGAUGGUGGAAGGCUCCUCAGGAAUUCUCUCAGAGGGGAUUUGCCUAGGGAGAGCCCCAGCUUGACUCCUCUCAGCAGUUUGACCCCCGCACGUCUCCAUUGCCUUCAGUGGGGUCACUCCUGGCUGACAGCCCUGGGAGAGUGGUCAGGCCCUUAGUGUUGGAUUAGCGGCAGCCCAGCCCCGCGGCUGCGGUACUCGGAUGCCAGGGGUGGGUCAUGCAGGGUGAUUGUGCAGCGGGGAGAGCCUGGGUUCUGGACCUGGUGACUCUCUGGCUCAUGCUCUGGGGUUACACCCAGGAGUGGUUACAUGUACUGCAGGCACCCCCCGACUUUGCCCAGGCCCAAGCCCCUUGCCAGGAGCCCUGGGGCUGCCCCAAACUGCAUUAGUUGAGGAGACUGUCACUCCCUUAGUUACAGACCUGCAGGGACUAAAGGCCCAGCCCUUCAGCCAGCUGGAUCAUGGCCUGGCCACACGCUGUAUUGGACACACUGCGCAGGCUGCCCUGUCUGGCCGCCCCCAGGUUAACGGCUGUACAGUCCCUUCGGUCUUGUAGGGUUAGUUACUUCACUGAAUCUGGGGCUGGAUUUUCUGACCCAGAGGGGAGUCCAGCCGCACAGCUGUCUCUCUCCACGCCUCAUCUGUCUCUUGUCCUCAGCAUGGGCACCAUGCCAGCUGGCUUGGGCAGCUCGCUCGGGGUGGGUUUUGUACCCAGUGCACUUCAUGCUUCCCAGAGCUCGAACCAAGGGUCAGCACCCAGGCUCUGCGAGUGCUCCUGAGCUAUUGGGGGCCUUGAGAAAUGAGGGCUUGGGGAGGUGAUCGGCCAUGCCCGCCUGUAACCAGCAGGCUGGGAAGGCGAGAGCUAGGCUGUCCCUUUCCAGAGCCUACUGGGAGGUAGGGCACUGGCAGCCAUCAGGUAGGUGCAUGAGUUCCUCUCCCUGUGCAGUCAUGGUCUUGCACAGGAGUGUGCUGGGCAAUGUCUGAAAUCCUGGGAGCCCUUAGCCUGUUAGCAGGGGGCAGAGUGAGGCUUCAUGCAGUCACCUGCCCCGACAGAAGUGCCGUGCACCAGCUGUGAGUUCCCCAGCCCUGCACAUGGUUGGGUUAGCUGGACGGCAGCAGGGGCCAUGUGAGCACAGGGUGUGCUGGCCAGCCAUCUGUCUGUCUUUGCAUCGUGUCCCUUUGGCUUUGUUCCUGUUUUCAUGGCACAGGGGCAGGGGGAAGCUCUCACGCCGACCCCCGGGGCCCUGCUCAGCCAGCAACAGCCACAGUUUGGCUGGUGGUGUUUGUCAUUUAAGCUCUGAAGAUGCUGUCCUCCCUCUUGCCUGCCUGUGGCAUCGCCGCUUCAGGACCUGGGCUGUGUCUAAGCCUGCUGCUUAAAGCAGUGGUCCUCCCUGGGAGGAGACCCUUUAACUGCCUGGGUGAAGGCAUCCUGCAGCGCGAGAAGGCCCUUUACACAGUGUGUAGCCACUUAGUUGACUGUGUUAGCCAAUACGAAAUCUAGUGGCCUUGGCUUGGCUGACUGGUGUCUUCAUUCCCCCUUCCUCACCCAGCUGCCUUACCCUGCUGUCCGUGUUUUCUGGGCUCUGCCUGCUGGCAGCAGUGGUCUCCGUGCACUGCGCUUGUUUCACCUCCGGCUCUCUUAGUAGUUGGCUGACAUUAGCCAGGUAGACCAAAUGCUGACAAAAAAAUCUGUUUGCCCAUUUCCAACAGCAGUAAUUGCACCUUCCUCUCCCUGCUGUUCCGCUCCGGCCGCCACGCUCACCCCGUCCUCUCACAAAUUAGCAAUUGUCUGGCUAGAGGAAAUUAAAGGGCCUGGUUUGUCUUGGGCCUUGUGUGCGCAUUGAGGCCCGACACAGGGCAUUCGCAGCAAACACAGCUGGUUGGCCCAGCGAGUGCAGAGAGAAGGUGCCUUUCCCCCUGUCUAGUUGCUAUAGCUUGUCUGCGUCUGUGAUUCCCAGGACAGGGCCCAGAGGAAGGUGGGGUGUAGAAGGGUCUGUGCCCCUCCAGAUGCUUGAGGGGAAGCCAUCGGAGUGUUCCAAGGGUGACAGGACCCCGAUUCCAGCAAUACAUUGCAUGGCUGGAUGAGCGUGUCACGGGGACUCUGUGUCUCCAGCCAUGGCCCGCUCUGCUGCUUAGCACAGUGCUCCUCUGUCAGCUACGCUGAGGGAGCAGAUUUUAAAUCCUGAUGGGUUUUCCAGGUGAGCAUUUUAAGCGUUACAUUGGGGUUGACAGGUUGGGGGUUUUAGUUGUUUUUGCAGCAAUCCAUCACAGACAGUGGGAGCUUUUGUUUUUCUAAAGAUUUGGGGUUUUAUUUUUGAAACAGCAAAGGCCUUUUUGUGCAGCUUUCCAAAAUAAAGUCUUUAAAAACCA